ACCUCGCUCGGGCAGCUCCAGGGUCCCCGAGCACUCGGGCCCGCGGCCAUGGGCGAUGUCGAGGAGCCUGGCAGGAGCCCCCAGCCGCGGGGGGCGCCACUGCCAACCUUCCGCUGGAAGCAGAUCCGCUCGCACGACUUGCCGGGUGACAAGUGGCUGGUCGUGGAGCGCCGCGUUUACGAUAUUAGCCGCUGGACGCAGAGGCACCCAGGGGGCAGCCGCCUCAUCGGCCACCACGGCGCGGAGGACGCCACGGACGCCUUCCGUGCCUUCCACUCUGACCUUGGUUUCGUGCGCAAGUUCCUGCAGCCCCUGCUGAUUGGUGAGCUGGCACCGGAUGAGCCCAGCCUGGAUGGACCCCAAAAUGCACAGCUGGUGGAGGACUUCCGAGCCCUGCGCCAGGCCGCCGAGGACAUGAAGCUGUUUGAGGCCAACCCGGCCUUCUUUGCGCUCCUGCUGGGCCACAUCCUCGCCAUGGAGGUGCUCGCCUGGCUCCUUGUCUACCUCCUGGGCCCUGGCUGGGUGCCCAGCGCCCUUGCUGCUCUCAUCCUGGCCCUCUCUCAGGCCCAGAGCUGGUGUCUGCAGCAUGACCUGGGUCAUGCCUCUGUCUUCCGGAAGUCCCGCUGGAACCACCUGGCCCAGCAGUUUGUGAUGGGGCAGCUGAAGGGUUUCUCGGCCCACUGGUGGAACUUCCGUCACUUCCAGCACCAUGCCAAGCCCAACAUUGUCCACAAAGACCCAGAUGUGACCGUGGCACCCGUCUUCCUCCUGGGAGAGUCUUCCGUUGAGUAUGGCAAGAAGAAACGCAGGUACCUGCCCUACAACCACCAGCACCUGUACUUCCUCCUGAUUGGCCCGCCGCUGCUCACCCUGGUGAACUUUGAAGUGGAAAACUUGGCGUACAUGCUGGUGUGCAUGCGGUGGAUGGACUUGCUCUGGGCCGCCAGCUUCUACUUCCGCUUCUUCUUGUCUUAUGCUCCCUUCUACGGCGUCCCUGGGGUGCUGUUCCUCUUUGUGGCUGUCAGGGUCCUGGAGAGCCACUGGUUCGUGUGGAUCACACAGAUGAAUCACAUCCCCAAAGAGAUCGGUCGGGAAAAGCACCGAGACUGGGCCAGCUCCCAGCUGGCCGCCACCUGCAAUGUGGAACAGUCCUUCUUCAAUGACUGGUUCAGCGGGCACCUCAACUUCCAGAUUGAACACCACCUCUUCCCCACAAUGCCACGGCACAACUACCGCAGGGUGGCCCCCCUGGUCAGAGCACUGUGUACCAAGCACGGCCUCAACUACGAGGUGAAGCCUAUCCUCACUGCUCUGGGGGACAUCAUCAGGUCCCUGAAGAAGUCUGGUGACGUCUGGCUGGAAGCCUACCUCCACCAGUGA